AUGGGAGGUAGCUCUUCUUCUCCUAAACCACCUCCACCUUCUCCUGCUUUGAAAACUCCGUGGAGACAAGUAUCUUGGGGGAACCAGGCAGAUCUGCAGUAUGUGAAGAAUUUUCAGCUUCAAAAUGACCAAGUGAGACAUGGCAGAGUUUUGCUCUAUGGCCCAGUCGGUGCUGGGAAGUCCAGCUUCAUCAAUUCUGUCAGCAAUGUCUUACGGAGAAGAAUAACCUGUCCAGCUUUGACCAACGCAACAAACGAGGAGGGAGGAAGUUUCACCAAAAAAUAUGAAACCCACAACAUUAAGAAGGACGCAGGGCAGUUUUACCCAUUUGUCUUCAAUGACCUGAUGGGUUUGGAAGAAGGGAGUGGACGAGGAGUGAGAGUGGAAGACAUCAAACUGGCCAUGAUGGGACAUGUGAAGGAGGGUUAUAAGUUCAACCCUGCGUCUCCAUUGUCCACGUCUGAUUCUGGCUACAACCCUUCACCUUCUCCAGAGGACAGAGUUCAUGUUGUGGUUUGUGUCUACUCUGGUAACACGACAGAAAUUAACAGCUCAGUGUUACAGAAGAUGAAAGCCAUCAGAGAGACAGCCAGCGACUUGGGUAUUCCCCAGUUAGCUCUUCUUACCAAAUUUGAUGAGGCCUGUCCUGAAACUGAAAAAGACUUGAAGAAUGUGUACAAAAGCAAGCUCGUGAAGAGAAAGAUGGGAGAUCUGAGCUCAAAACUGGGGAUCCCGCUUAACUUCAUCCUUCCUGUGAAGAACUACAGUGAAGAAACACAACUGAAUGACGACAUCGACACUUUGAUCCUGAGCGCACUGAGAAUGAUGAUUGACCUGGGAGAAGACUUCAUUGACUCUAAAUUAUAAACUGACACAUUCCUGACAGUUUCAGACAUACACACUGAUGUAAUACACUCGAUGAAUAAUACAUAAUCCCAGUACAAUAAGAGUCACUUUUUCCACACAGGUUGAUGUUAAUUACCAGAUAAAAUAAAAAUCAGGAAGUUGUUACUGAA